CGAUGCUUCAGGGUACAGGUCAUGGCUGGUCCUUGCCUUUGCUGCAAAUGGCGCUGUCUGUCCAACUGUGGGCCAUCAUCGUCACCCAGAUGUGCUCGAACUGGGCCUACUACACCCUGCUCACAUCCCUGCCCACCUACAUGGACGUCAUCCUGCACUUCGACCUGCAGUCGAACGGCUUCCUGUCCUCUCUGCCGUACCUGGGCAGCUGGUUGAUGGCGUGGGCGUCUGGAGUCAUGGCGGACGCCCUCAUCGAGCGGCGAGUGUUCAGCGUCACUGUCGUUCGCAAAAUCUUCACGCUUGUAGGUCUGUUUCUGCCCUCGGUUUUCCUCGCGGCUGUGGUUUACACCGGCUGCGACCACAUCCUCACCGUCACCUUCCUCACACUGUCAAUGACAACGGGAGGGUUCAGCGCCGCCGGAGUCUUCAUCAACCAGAUAGACAUCGCUCCUCGGUAUGCAGGAUUCCUGCUGGGAAUCACCAACACCUUCGGGACUAUCCCGGGGGUCGUGGCGCCGAUCGUAACGGGAUACUUUACUGAAGAUCACACUCUGGCCGGCUGGGCAAAAGUCUUCUGGGUUGCCGCCGGGAUCAACGCGGGCGGUGCCGUCAUUUACACGUUAUUUGGCAGCGGCAAGCUCCAACCAUGGGCCCUCACUGAGGAGGAGCGAGCUGAAGCUGAGAGGAAGAGGAACAGGUCCAUAUCACAUUAAAGCAGAAAUAUGCAUCAGCAGCAGAGCCUUUAAAGACACAUAUACAGUUAGCUAGUUUUACACAGUUUUCUGAUUUUAGAGAAACAUGUCUGGAGGUUUAAUCUGUAAAUUUAGGUAUGACUUAAGGGACUUCAUGCAGUAUUCACACUUCAUGAACCAAUAAUGACUUCAGAGGUACAAUAUGCUCUUCUUGUUUACGAGGUGAGCUGAUAGACUUAUUUUUACGGUAAUUCCAGCAACUAUAUUACAGCUUAUGGAGCAUUUAAAAUUUCCUGUUAGGCACAUUUUUAACCCUUUAAAUUCGCUGGGAGGUGAAAUUUCAAGGGUUAGAAUGUUAUCACUACUUUUAAGAAAAGAUUAGUUUUGGUGCAGAUGACAUAUUCGAACACGUGCUGCCUUUUAAUAAUCAGGAAACACGUUUACUCUUGUUGAUAAAGUUUUAAUCGUUUGUAUGUGAGUUAAGUCACUUAUUUUUUUUCCAGCAUUUUUUAGCCUUUUUAACCUUUUAACCUGGAUGUUUGACCUGUUUUCUUAUAAUUCAAUGGAGAUAUCUGCAUUUUGGGUAUACGUUCAAGCACCAUAUGACCAUGUUUUACGGGAGGCUGAUCUAAACAAAUUAUAUCUCAUGAAAGUUCUUAUUUUUUUCCUACAUUUUGAUACCAGCAUCAUUAUCUAGCUCAGAUUUCUUCUGUGUUAAAAGAGAGAAAAAAAACAUCUUUCUCUUUGUAAUUGUUUUGACAUGUGCAAGUUUGGAUCCUGAAGAAUGUUUUUAAAGGUAAAACUGAAAGCUUUGCCUCCAGCUCAGCUCUCUCUUCACCACAACAGUCAUGUUCAAAGUCCAUCCCACCUAACCCUCCACCGUCCCAUCACUCAUGGAUAAAAUGCUCCCUCGCCUGGGGACUCCUCUCUCCUCUGACUCAGAGUUAAAGAUCCUCCGUUUUCAAGCAGGGAACCACAGCCUCAAACUCUCAUCCUGGUUAUUUCACAUUUCCUGUUCAGUUUCUGUCAGUUUCCUUUGGGACGAAAUGUCUUCAGACAGGAACAUCCAGCUGCUGUGAAGCUGCCUUCAGUGUGGCUUCCUCAUCAUCUCAAAAUCAUCCAAAUCUUAACCCACCCUGUGUACUUUGGGAGCCUGUAACUCAAGAAAUACUCACAGUAUUAUAAUAAAAUUUUGCAUGGUUUCAUUAAAGAUAUGAAAGUUAUUGGACGUAAAAAUCAGCAGAUUUUGAGGGGGUCAGGUGGGAGACACUGAGUAAUUUUUCAUGAAGUGAUCUUUUUAUUAGUUUUUCGCACAGCUUCGUCUUUGACUGCUUUGUUUGCAGUUUUCUGACCACUUCUACAGACUGUUUAUUAGGACCAACAGAAGCACUUUUCAAUGACAUGAAUACUCAGGAUGUUUUAUUCUGAUAAGAGUGCCAAAGACACGUGAAACCUUACAUUUUAGAUUGGAGUUUCUUCACUUGUUUUUAAGACUUA